GAUGGCGUCGGCAAGAGGAGCGCCGGUCUCCAUGGCGACGCGCGGACGCCGCGUCGCUUACAAAGGGUGCGAAGCGCAGGCGCAGUCUAACUUCCGGCUCAGGCGGCGGACCCCAUGGCGAAUUACAAGCCCGCCGACUCCAAGAGGGAGCAGUUCCGCCGCUACCUGGAGAAGUCCGGCGUCAUGGACAGCCUCACCAAAGUCCUGGUGGCCUUAUACGAAGAACCGGAGAAACCCAGCUGUGCCUUGGACUUUAUGAAACAUCAUUUAGGAGCUACUGCUCCAGAAAAUCCUGAAGUGGAAGCCCUUCGCUUGGAAGUGGCAGAGAUGAAAGAGAAGUAUGAAGCCAUGUUGGAAGAAAAUAAGAAACUAAAAGCAAAGCUCGCUCAGUAUGAACCACCUCAAGAAGAGAAGCGUGGGGAAUAAGAUCCUUUUGUAUUACUUGAAUAAAAGACCCUGAAGCACACAAAUCUAGUGUUCCUGACUCUUGCAGUAAUAAGUCUCCUUCAUAUGC